GAUUAGUCAUAUUUCACGUAAGUUUUCAUGGGCAGUUUUUCAGCGGCCAUUUCUAGUUCUGGAUUCCCGAUUUUUAUGACAGCUGCUGUAAUUGUGAAAUUCUGUAACGCUCUUGUAACAACCCCAAAAAUCCCGUAACGCCUCGUAACGCCCAGUAACGCCCAGAAAAUUCCAUAACGCCCUCCGUCUCAUAAAUGCGUUACAACGAAAUCCCCACUCCGACACACCCCACACGAAGCACGUUUAUUCUGAUUCCUGUCUUUUGAAGGGGCCUCCUAAGCCAUGGUCAACGAAGGUGAUGCGCUAGUUGGGGGACACGGACAGAGGAGAGGGUACACUGUGAAUGAGUCCGAGCCGGAAACGGGAAUAGGCAUUCACGGCUCUGAUGUCGCCGUGAGCGAUGGGCCGCCGAUGUCCCAAAAGGCUUGGAUCCUCUUUGCGCUGUGGAGUGCAGUAUUUUUGGGGGCACUCGAUGGGACGAUUGUCGCUACUCUUGUUGCACCAAUAGGGUCAUACUUCCAGAAGGCGCAUCAAGCUUCCCAUCUUGGAACUGCGUACCUUCUGAGCGUUUGCUGCUUCACUCCACUCUAUGGAAGACUCUCUGACAUUUUGGGACGCAAAGGUGCAAUGCUUGUUGCUCUUACUUUCUUUGGUGCAGGAACAUUUCUCUGCGGCGUUGCGCCAUCUAUGGAGACCCUUAUUGCUGCAAGGGCAAUUGCGGGAAUGGGUGGGGGUGGCGUCAUGACAGUAUCAAGCAUAUCCGUCAGUGAUAUUGUUCCUCUGAGGCGCCGUGGGCUUUACCAAGGCUUUGCGAACGUCUUGUUUGGUGCUGGAAGCGGACUUGGUGGGCCCUUGGGCGGCUUCAUCAAUGAUCGAGUGGGAUGGCGCUCUGCGUUCCUUCUCCAGGUCCCUUUUCUCGCCUUUUCCUUUGUUUUCGUUUCGACCACGGCGGGACUCAAAGGGCCAGAUCAGGCACUUGAUCUGAAGUCAAAACUUAAACGGAUAGACUAUCUUGGUUCGCUCACGCUAACUAUUGGCGUUGCGUCGCUCCUUCUGGGUUUCACUCUGAUGUCAACCGAGGAAUUUCCUCUCUCUCAUCCUGGGGUGUGGGGACUCCUCGUUGUCAGUGCAGUGGGGUUGUUUUCAUUCGUACUAAUGGAGGCGUAUUGGUCGAGUGAACCACUGCUUCCUAUGAGGCUCUUUCUUCAGCGGACCCCGUUUUGUGUAGCCUGGUCCAACCUUACUAUGAGCAUGACGGCAUUUUCUAUGUUAUACAACUACCCACUUUACUUCACUGCGGUCAAGCUGGAGUCUGCUACGGGUGCAGGCCUUCACAUGGUACCAAAUUCGGAAGCGUACAUGCGUCGAACAGGAAAGUACUGGUGGCUGAUUGUCUACAGUACGGCGGCAGCCGUUGUCUCGUCCUUACUCAUAGCCAUUUGGAGAUACCCUGGUACCCCGGAGAUCGAGUUCUGGGUUGACAUCAUCCCGUCAGGUUUUGGGAUGUCAAGUCACAUCACGGCUACCCUCAUAGCCCUAAUAUCCGCCGUUGGCCCAGAGGAGAUAGCGGUAGCUACUGGAAUCUCUUACUUAUUCCGAACCACGGGUCAGGUGCUAGGUGUGAGCCUCAGCGGCGCGCUCACUCAAGGUCUCCUAGUCGCAGCACUCAGAAAACGAAUAAAGGGACCUGAUGCCGAAAGGAUCAUCCGCAAGAUCCGUCACUCAACAUCGAUCAUCCCUACGCUGGAACCUGAUGUACGACAGAAAGCUGUCGAUUCUUGGGCUUCCUCAUUGCGAAUCGUCUUUAUCUUGCAAGCCGUAGUGGCAUUACUGACAUUGUUGAUAUGUCUUCCCAUUCAAGAGUUCGACUUGCCUACUACCCUUCAAGGACACACUCCAAAGAGGCAGCUCAGCCAGGACGGACUGGAUCAUGAAGGUGGAAAUGACAUCGUGACUCGAUCGGCGGAUUGAGGCGGAAGAGGGUUUGGCCAUGCUUGCUGCGGUAGAUGUAGAACAACUUGGCACAAUCAACAUUGUUUGUGCAUCACAUAAGAUAAGCUAGUUAGCUAGGAAUUUUAAACCUGAAUUCAUGACGCGAACAUCAACUGGU